AGGCUUGUGUGAAGGCAGAAAAAAAUGGCUGACUUGUAAGUUAUCUGACCGACGUCGUUUCCUGAACGUAUGAUGUAUAGAUCUGCAGAAGUGACGAAACCGUGAGGAAAAUCUGAAGUCUCUUUUUUUUCUGACAGCAACUUCAAGGAAGUGUCCGAGGAGGAACGCCCGUUACCAACUUCCGGUACGAGCUUGUGGCAGAGCUGAAGACUGAACAGGAAGCUGAGAGAGAGUGAGAGACAUAGAGAGAGACAAAGAGAGAGAGAGAGACUGAGACUGUGUGUGGGAGGAAGUGUGUGUGUGUGUGUGUGUGUGUGUGUGUGUGUGUGUGUGUGUGAGUGUGAGAGAGAGAGAGGAGAGAUGACGGAGUUCUGGGUGUGCUUUAGCUGCUGCAUCGCUGAACAGCCUCAACCAAAGAGAAGAAGGCGGAUCGAUCGGUCGAUGAUCGGAGAGCCGACCAACUUUGUACACAUGACACACGUAGGAUCAGGAGAUAUGGGGAUGGGCCUCGCAGCGGUGAACUCGGUGCAGGCACAGAUGAAAUCUAAAGGUGGUUAUGGAAAUGGCACACCAGAGAGCGUGCAGUGAUACGUGUGGACACCAGUGUGUGUGACCUGCUGAACUGAAACAGUGAGGAGGAGGAGCAACGCUGGAUUUAAUGUUAUAUAUACAUAUAUAUAAAUAUAUAUUAACACACACACACACACACACACACACACACACACACUGGAUCAGCGAGUCAGAGCACUGGUCUGUGAGACGCGUGUAAAUUUGCAUAAUCACACUGUUAGUCGCUUAAAGCUUUCUGAUCAGUGUAUAAACGGUCACGCCCACGCUCGCCAUAACAACCAAUCAACAUCCGGCUUCCAUUGAACCCUACCUCCUCCCCUCCCCUCCUCAUCAAUGCUUUAUUUAUUUGGUGAUUUGUUUUGUGGGUUAAAUAUGGUGGCUGGGCCACUGCGCAUCUCACACACACACACACACACACACACACACACGGUUUAAAUGAUGAUGAGCGAGUGUGAACAAUAGAUUGAACACAGACUUAAAUAAUGAGCUUUUUUGUUUUUCCUCACGAUUUUAUAUCUUUGAUAAAACAGAUGAAUUUCUCUUCCAGUGGGACGUGGAAUGUCAUUCUUUAUUUUUUUAAGAGUUUUUAAGUGUGCUGUGUUCAGAGAAACUUGACAUGUGCAUCCUCACUGUAAUGUCUUCCACAGUGCUCUCCUUCAUCACAGUAAACUGCAGGAGGAGUUUUGUAUAGAUCUUUUAAUGCCCAAAUAAAUAAUGCCAAGCAGCA